AUGGAGUGUGGAGAGGUAGCAAGCGCAGAGGCUGGUUUGGGCCAGGGCAGCUCAGUGCCCCCAGCCCUCAUGGACAACCCCCAGGCCAGGCUGACUGUGGUGGUAGAAGUUGAGAGUGGAAGAGAAUCAGGCCCUGAGGACACAUGUUGCCCCACACUGCUUCUGGAGGGGCCCCAGAGCAUCUGCCUGCUUCAGCCGGAGACUCUAGACACUCAGGUAGAAAUGGGACGGGGUGCGGGUGAGGCCCUGGAAGAUGGGAGUGACAAUGCUGAGCCCAGUCUUCCCCUGCAGGAACAAUGCAUCACCUUUGACAGAGUCCUGGGCUCUGAUGCUGCUCAGGAGGCUGAGCAGGAGCUGCUAGCACGAGUCCAGUCCACACUAGGCUUGGUGGCCCGAGGGUACAGUGUGUCCCUACUGCUUCGGGGUCGGGAAACAGAGACACCUCGGCUUGUACCUCAGCUGUUGCAGAUGCUGUUUGAGGAAACUCUGCCCCACAGGGGCGCUGUUCCUGGGGUUAGCACCCUUAGCCUGGUGCAGCUCAGCCCCAGUGGAAGGACUCAGGACCUGCUCUCUCCAGGGAGAGAGAACCUAUCGGUGUUAGACGUGUCCCCUUUGGGCUUGGUGGUAGAAAAUGCCAGUGAGGUGGAGGUGUCCGACUCAAGAGCUGCCUCAGACCUGUACUUACAAGCUGCAGGGGAUGAAGGCAGAGAUUGCCCCCUGCUGCAGGUGUUGGCUGGUAAGGUUAUUGGUGAGGAGGUAGAGGGCUCUCUGCCCUGGAUCGUGUCAUGGCUCCUGGAAGGAAACAACUACACUGGUCUUCUUCUUCGCCUGGACCCUCAAGGUGGCUCCCUGAGCUUACUCAGAGCUGCUCUGUUGGGGGCCUCGGGAAGGAGGAUGCAGGUGAAACAGGUGAGGCCCACCCAGUGGGAUGCAGUAGAAGAGGCACGUGCCCGCCGGGCAAACCUGAAGAGCCUGCGUUCAGGCCUCCUUGGGGACACCCUCACAGAAAGUGGGCUCAGCCAGCUGGGCAGGGCACUGCGAGAGUUGCGGGUGGUAAAAGCCUGGAGCCAGUGCCCAGGAAGCCAGAUGCUCAAAGGGGUCAAAGCUGAGGCUGUGGGGCUCCCAGAACUACAGGCCUGGCACGCCCCAGAUGUGGCCCUGCAGUUCUUCUUGGCCCAGGCACAGAGGAAGAGACUUCAAGAACAGCACCAGAUAUGGAUCCAAGAGGAACUGAAGCGUUUGGAACAGGAGGAGGAAGAGGUGGAAGGUGACCAAGUCAAAGGCCUGGUGGCCGGAAAGGAGGCCUUCGAGAGGCAGAGAUGGCACCGGGAGCAGACACUAUGGAGACUCCAGCUGGAGGCCCUUCAGGCAGAGCGGGACACUGCAGAGCAGGACCUCAUGGCCCUCUAUGACGUGCACGUGCAGGCUGCCCGGGCUCGGACGUGCCAUACACUGCAGGUAUUUCGAGCCUGGCGAGAGCUGUGGGAGGAGCAGACCAUGACCACAGAGCAUCACCACCGCAGCCUGCUGGCUGGUAUCCUGCAAGACAUGCUCCAACUGGCCACACAGAACCAGGAGCUUCAAGCCCAGAACCAGCAGCUUCAGCAGGAUAUAGGCUAG